UUUCCCCCUCAUUAUGAUAUGCAGGCUUUCCCCAUUGUGGACAUGGAAAUAGGAAAUCGCACCAUCCUGAAUGAAUUCAUCUUGUUGGGCAUCUCAGCAGAUCCCCAGUGGCAGCUGAUUCUGUUUGUAAUAUUUCUGGUGAUCUAUUUGCUAACCUUGUCAGGGAACAUGACCCUGGUUUUCUUAAUCAAGAUUGAUUCCCGCCUGCAUACACCUAUGUACUAUUUGAUUGGCAGUCUAUCUUUUUUGGAUUUCUGGUACACCUCUGUAUAUACCCCUAAAAUCUUGGCAAUCUGUGUCUCCGAAGACAAGCGCAUUUCCUUGGCUGGAUGUGGGGCUCAGUUUUUCUUCUCCUGCUUGGCAGCCUACACUGAGUGCUAUCUCYURGCAGCCAUGUCAUAUGACCGCCAUGCAGCAAUUUGUAACCCACUSCUUUAUUCAGGCACCAUGUCUGCUUCUGUUUGCAUUGGCCUUGUUGCUGGWUCCYACAUAGGRGGCUUUCUGAAUGCYAUAGCCCACACUGCYAACACCUUCCGCCUGAGUUUCUGUGGUAACAAUGUCAUYGACCACUUUKUAUGUGAUGUUCUACCAUUGGUAAAAAUGUCCUGCACAGACACUMGGGUCUAUGUCAUAAUCCUUUCCAGUAUGGUUGGCUUCACUGUCCUCUCCUGCCUUCUKGCCAUCCUCAUCUCUUACUUCAACAUCCUCCUGGCCAUCCUGAGGAUCCGUUCAGCCUCAGGAAGGCGCAAGGCAUUCUCUACCUGUGCUUCCCACCUGGUCUCUGUCAUGCUCUUCUAUGGAUCCUUGCUCUUUGUAUACUCGAGGCCCAGUUCCAGCUACUCCCUGGAGAGAGACAAAGUGGCUGCCCUCUUCUACACCAUCAUCAACCCAUUUCUCAACCCUCUCAUCUACAGCAUCAGAAACAAAGACGUCAAAGAGGCCUUUAGGAAAGCAAUACUGUCCAUAGGACCACAAGCUUGA